AUGCUGCCCACAAUGGAAGGCACCAGCGAGGUUCCUAAGGCCCGCUUCGCUGCAAAGUCUUUGAAGUUCACGCCGCCAUCAUGGCUCUUAAACGGCACAUGGGACUGGCUGGUUGAGUUUGAUGGCGACAUCUCCAUGGACAUGGCGAAGUUGCGGCCGCUGCUGGACAGAUACAGCGACAAAUCGCUGGUCCUCCUGAAGUGGUAUUGGAAGGAAUGCCAACCCUGGGACUGCUUCUUGUGGGAGUGUGAGGACAUGCUCCAAAAUCGGAAGGAGUAUGUGGAGACCUCUUACGAGCGCAUCGUGAAGUGGAAGGAGCAGCUGAAGAAACUCCACGAGGACCCGAAGCACCCUUUUGUCCCAGCUGAUUACUACGAGCUGAGCGUGAUGUUCCGCAAUGUUGCGCAUGCAAGGGCCGACGAGAUCAAGGACACAUUCCGGCAGGUGCUAGAGCAAUGUCGCACCAUCCAGCGCGACCAGUUCCUCAUGCCUUUUUUCCUCUGGAACUCCUCGUUGGAACAGGACGUGGCCGCAAUUCCCAUCGAUACUUUGUAUUCUGACUUGAAGUAUUGCAAAGUCGACACCAGAAAUGCCAGAAACCUGCUGGCGAGUCGGGACGUUCAUGUGAACAGCGGCAUCAACGCCACAGGCCCGCAAAGCUUGGAUGUUGACACCAUGGAUUCGUGGCCGAAUGAGUCUCCAGAGCUUCACUUCGAGCCGCCGCUCAGAGGCCACCCUGAACGGCUGCAAUCGCUGGGCGAGUCCGCAACUGCUGCAGCCGAUGGCCUCGAAGAGGCCAAGGUCGCCCUUGCAGAGGAGGAUCAGCAGACGCGUGACCUACGCGGCGUCGUCACGCGCAACCAAGAGGCUCUAACGAAGCUAGAAGGCUGGCAAGCUUGCGAAUCUCGAGGCUGGGAGAUGUCACUGGGAGCCGCCAUGGCGAAAAAUUGCUUUGAGGGCAUCAAACGCAGGGAGAAAGUCCCGACCUUCAAAGUAAUUUAUGCUGCAGGCAGCCUGUGGCACGGCCAGUGCAGGCCGUGGGGCGCUUCGACGCCGCGAGGAGGUGGAAUCCAUGGAGUUCCCAGUGACUCAAACGGAACCACCAAACAGACUCUCACCGAAGCGACGUUGAUCUGCACACUCUUGCAGAACUUGCGUCGCGUCUUGGCCAACAACCGUGCAGACUUCCAGGUCGAACACCCGCAACAAGUCACACCUUUGUACUCCGCUAACCUGAUGAUCGACCGCCUGGACGAUCUGCGAUCUGCGGCCGCGGCUGCGGCUCGUGGCCGCACGCGGCGCUCCUCCGGCGCAGCUUCGCCGAGUCUGCUGCGAUCGCCGGAGGCCAGGAUCCAGCCAUUCCAGCCCUACUCGGUUUCCAGCUCCGGCUCGCUGUUGCGGAGUCGCGCGAGCGACGCAGGUGAUCCAUUGCAGGCUUUCCUGGCGAAGUUGGAGUCCGUCCGGCUCGGGCCGCUCCAGGAGCUGGAAGGUUCCCUCGCAGAGGCUCAGACGCUUCAUCUUGCAGCCUUGAGCGCGACGACCGCCAAAGGAGAGAAAGAUGCGCUGCUGAAGGCCGAAGCCUGCGCCGAGCGGGCUUCAGCUGCAGCGUCCAGGACGUGCAGCGAGCUCAAGUCCAUGGCUCCGGAGCCUGGUGCCACUGGCUCGGAGGCCGCCCUACGACGACAAGCUUUUGCAGGGGUGUCGGUCCUCUUUCAGAACGCGUUGAAUUCAUAUUUCCAGGCACAGAUGAGAUUCCGGCAAGAAAUGGAGGAUAAAGUUUCUCGACAGCUCCGUGCAGCUUUUCCGGAAGCGGAUGAUACGGUCGUCGAAGCUGUGGCUGCAGGCCGUGCCUCCGCAGCCUCGACGAUCCAAGAUGCCAUCUUGCGCCAGUCAGGCACCGCCCCCUUGACAACAGCCAGCGCGCUGCAGGCUACCCGUGAGAAGUGCGAUGAGCUGGCCAACCUUGCGCGUGCCGCGCGAGAUCUGAGUCAGGUCUUCGUGGACGUCGAGUCCCUGGUGAACUCCCAAGGAGAAAUCCUGAAUGACAUCGGAAGCCAUGUGGCGUCAACACGCGAGCAGGUCAAGCGGGGACACGAGGUGCUUCUACAGGCCAGCCGAGCUCGCAGUGCUUGCAGAUGGCGCUGGACGGCCCUGAUCCUGAUCCUGAUCGUGAUUUGCCUCGUUCUCUUCAUCAUCUUUUCCAUGGUGAAGGCGCAUCAGUCUCAUCAUGCACCUCGCGAGUCCAUCGUGGCCUUCCUUAGUCAGGAGCUUUGGAGCAAAAUGCCUCCGUUCGCAGUGAAGCUUUCCAGCUGA